CGAGGCACCCAGCUCCGGCCGGGCGGGAUCCGCGGACUCGGCGACCCGUGCGGGCUAGCCCGCUCUCCUGCCGCUGCGGCGGCGGGCGCGGGGCCGCGCGGUGAGGCCGGAUCCCUGCAGCGCGGGCAGGCGGCAUCGCAGAACCCAGCCAGCCAGACGCACCAGGACUGCCGACUCCUGCAGAUUCCAGUCUGCUCUUGUGUGGCAUUUGGUGUUGGAAUGUGUGUCAGCUUGGAGAAAGCAGGUAGCCCUGGGGAUAAAGGAGCAUCCAAUGAAGUAAAGCAGCCCAUGAUUCUAUCAGGACACAGGGGGAUGUAGAUGAAGAGUCUACCACUGGCUAGCCUGUGAACUUGACUUUACAGCAUCUGCUUUGACUUGGACAGCUAGAGGACCACAUUCUUCUCUUCUUUGAGUCACUAAAUGCCGGUGCGCACUCCACACUCCAGCAAGGGAAGACAGGAGGAGCUUCUUGGAUGACAAUGGACGUUCCACUGUGCAGGAUGAGGGCAGGCUGUGUGACGUCACCACCACGAGGGUUCAGCGUGAUCUUUUGUGUCUCCCUUCCGGGCCAGCACUCUGUCUUCUCGAUCCAUCAUGGUGUUUGGUGAGUUUUUCCAUCGCCCUGGACAAGAUGAGGAACUUGUCAACUUGAACGUGGGGGGCUUUAAGCAGUCUGUGGAUCAGAGUACACUCCUGCGGUUCCCUCACACACGACUGGGGAAGCUGCUUACCUGCCACUCUGAGGAGGCCAUUCUGGAGCUGUGUGAUGACUACAGUGUGGCGGAUAAAGAGUACUAUUUUGAUCGGAACCCCUCCCUGUUCAGAUACGUCUUAAACUUUUAUUACACAGGGAAGCUGCACGUCAUGGAGGAACUGUGUGUCUUCUCCUUCUGCCAGGAGAUCGAGUACUGGGGCAUCAACGAGCUCUUCAUUGACUCCUGCUGUAGCGGUCGGUACCAGGAGCGCAAGGAGGAGAGCCACGACAAGGACUGGGACCAGAAAAGCAAUGAUGUGAGCACAGACUCAUCCUUUGAAGAAUCGUCUCUGUUUGAGAAAGAGCUGGAGAAGUUUGAUGAGAUGAGGUUUGGUCAGCUCCGAAAGAAGAUCUGGAUUCGAAUGGAAAACCCAGCUUAUUGCCUGUCGGCUAAGCUCAUCGCCAUCUCCUCUUUGAGUGUGGUUCUGGCUUCCAUUGUGGCCAUGUGUGUGCACAGCAUGUCGGAAUUCCAGAACGAGGAUGGAGAAGUGGAUGACCCUGUGCUGGAAGGUGUGGAGAUUGCCUGCAUUGCAUGGUUCACUGGUGAGCUGGCCAUCCGCCUGGAAGAAGAGAGUGAAGACAUUGAAAAUAUGGGCAAGGUGGUCCAGAUCCUUCGGCUCAUGAGGAUUUUCCGAAUUCUGAAGCUCGCCCGGCACUCUGUAGGGCUUCGGUCUCUCGGAGCCACACUGAGGCACAGUUACCAUGAAGUGGGACUACUGCUUCUCUUUCUUUCUGUGGGCAUCUCCAUUUUCUCUGUGCUUAUCUACUCUGUGGAGAAAGAUGAACUCUCAUCCAGUCUCACCAGCAUCCCCAUCUGCUGGUGGUGGGCCACUAUCAGUAUGACCACAGUGGGCUAUGGAGACACCCACCCAGUCACCUUAGCUGGGAAAAUCAUUGCAAGCACAUGUAUUAUCUGUGGCAUCUUAGUGGUAGCCCUUCCCAUCACCAUCAUCUUCAACAAGUUUUCCAAGUACUACCAGAAGCAGAAGGACAUGGACGUGGACCAGUGCAGUGAGGACCCACCGGAGAAGUGCCAUGAGCUACCUUACUUUAACAUUAGGGACGUUUAUGCACAGCAAGUACAUGCCUUCAUCACCAGUCUGUCUUCCAUUGGCAUUGUGGUCAGUGAUCCUGACUCUACAGAUGCUUCGAGUGUCGAAGACAAUGAGGAUGCUUACAACACCGCAUCCCUGGAGAACUGUACUGCAAAAUGAGCAGGGGCAUUUGCACAGAUAUUCUUGUCCCUUCCUGACAUUAGGUUAACACAGCUUUAUAAACCUCAAUGGGUUUGUUCAAAUAAAUCAUUUAAUUCUCAGGGUGUA